AUGGAAACUAUAGAAGAUUGAAAACUCAAAUACGAAGCCAUGGAAUCUAAAUAUUCAGAGCUUCUACGCCAAUAUCAAGAAUUAAAAUCUGUAUGUGAGGCUGCUCUUGCUGAUAAAGAGCACGAUCGCCAGCAAAUCGAUAGACUUAUUGAAGAAAAUGAGGAUUUAAGAAACCAGCUAAGCCCACCUCCUUCUGCAAUCAAUAUUCAUAUCAGUGAUUUUGCCAAAACCAUUUUUUCAAGGAUGCCAGCGAUGCUUAACACAAUAUCAUUAUUUGCCCAUAAGAAUCAAAAUUUUGAAACCGAUGUCGAAGUCCGAACCUCAGUGCAUAAGAUGUCUGGCAAGCCUCCUCAAGCCAAUCCUGACCAAGGUGUUGCAUUUCAAUGUGUUGACCCUGGAAUCUAUGAAGCUUUUUUCGUUGUUGGAGUAUCCAAGUCAAGCCUAGGAUCUCUAAACCAGUCUAACCCAAAAAUAUUAUUUGAGUAUCCUGAAGAAGGCAACUCAAUCUCCAUAUCAGCAAAACGAGUUAUACCUGAAUUUUGCUUCCCUUCCCCAAUAGAAAUAAAAGAGCUUUCAAAUCGAUGCUCAUCAUCAGAAAUGAACGAAAUUCUAUAUGGCCCAAUGCCGCACCGAUCCAAGUGGACAUAUAUUUUUACCCUUAGAUCAGAUGAAUGUUUAGAUGAAACAAAUAGGCUCACAAUUCCUAACAAUACAAGAGAAGAACUUUAUGUUUUAGUUGAAAGAGUCAACGAACUAGUUUCGAGUGCAGAUGACUCUACUCUGUGGGUAGUCCCUAAAUGCUAUUGCAUUGCUAGCUAUAUUCCUAUUUUUGAGCUUCAUUAUGAAAUAAUUUCGAAUUUGCAAAUUUUGAAGAGACUGCAAAGGAUGGAACAGUUUAGUCUGAAUGGAGAAUUUUCUCCAAUUGAGGAUGUGAUAGAAGAUCAGAUUAAUCUGCUAUCUGCUUAUCAAGAGUGCGAUUCGAUAUGACCUGAAAUGACAAUUGAGAUUCCAAUAGAAAAAUUAGCCCCAGUUCAAUAUACAGUGCCUGAAGAUAUGAGCCUUCUGGAUAUUACGUGGCUUUGUAUUCCUCUUUUUCACACUUUUACGUUGAAUGAAUUAUUAUGAAUCAUUUUUGCACUAAGCCAAGAAAAAUCAAUUGUAUUUGUGUCUAAAAACUUAGGUCUUUUAACCUCUUGCGUGCUAGGAUGCUUAACGUUAUUGAGACCAUUUAAAUGGCCUAAUAUAACAGUUCCCAUUAUUCCUGAAUCUUUAAAUGAGCUAUUGGAUGCACCUGUCCCAAUUCUUGCAGGACUUCCUGAACUUCCAUCAGAAAGAAGAAUGAAAACUGCAAAUGUCGUUUGGAUUAUGAUUGAUAAUGACGACAACAGUCAGAAAAUUCAACAGCUUAAAAAAGUGGAUGGAGUAUUUGAGCCUCAAUUUACAGAACUUCGAACUUUAUUAGCUGAGCCUUACAGCCAAUUCCAGUCGAAGCAAUCUUUAUUUAAACCAACUCCCCAAGAAAGAACUGCGGCCACACAAGUUUUCCAAAUUUUUAGCACAUUUUGAAAUAAAAUUAUUUUACUCCUCCCCUUUUAAUUGGAAUAAAAUCCAUUUUUUGUGCUUUAGCCUCAUUUAAAUUGAAAAAAAUUUGCUUUCAAUAGGAAAAUUUUAUAAGUGAAAAUACUAAUUUAUAUAAAAUUAGUGUUUUUACCUAAUUUGAUUGAAAAAGUUCGAGCAGAAAUAUAAAUUAAAAGCUUUCAAAUUAAAUAGAUUAUAUUUUUGAAUUAAUUCUUCAUAAAUAAAUAAAAAAUCAUAAAUAUUGCGCUCAAUUAUAUAUUUUUUAGUUUUUAAAAUUUUAUAAAAUUUUUUUUUUUAUCGAGAAAAUUUAAUCACCAGUUUAAAUUGGAACAAGGUUUUUUAUUCACUUUAAAAGGAGGGAGUUAGGAUAUUCUGAAGGUUAUUCGAACAAAGAAUGAAAACGAAUUUUACUCCUACUUUCUUAUAAGAUAAUUUUUUUUUUACGUUAAUAAUUUAUUAUAAAAUAUAUAUGAUAAUUAUAUUUAAGAAGUUAGGAAACAAAUGCUCAACAAGUGAUAUUAAAUACGUUGAGUCACUUACAAAGACACUAAUGUUCAUGAAUAGUUCUCAAGUGAAUAAUAUUGAAGAUAACAUUGAUUAA